AUGUCAAAAUCUACACAUUCUGCGAGUCCCAGCGUUAGUUAUAUUGAGGAGGGUAAGGACAGUAGUUUGAUUUUGAAGGUGAAUGUGAAGCCUGGAGCCAAGCAAACUCAAGUUGUUGGAGCCCAGGAAGGACAAUUGACACUUCAAAUAGCUGCUCCUCCGAGAGAAGGUGCCUGUAACGAGGCUCUUGUAGAGUACGUGGCGGAAGUGUUGAAGCUGAAGAAGAGGAGCAUAUCUUUAAUUCAUGGCCACAAAUCUAGGGACAAGGUGUUGUCUAUAACCGGGACCACGUUAUCGCAGGCUAUUCAGCACAUAAACGAGGCAAUUGAUUAG